UCCCACCACUUCCUCCACAGCUCUCACAUUUGUGCAGUUCUUUCACGCUCAUCACAUAUUCAAUGUCUCACCAUCACAUGAAGAUCACAUUUGCUCACUAACUAAGGAAACAGCCACAUAACUUCAUAUCAGUGGAUUAUAAGUAGGUUUCUCUCUUUGCUGCUUUUUGGUUUAAGAAGAACUUUUAUUAAAAAAAAAAAAAAAAAAAAAAAAAAACUUUGGACCACAUGCGGAGGCCAAUAGCUCGGGAGCGAUGUCAUCUCUACUUUCUCACAACAAUGAUCAGCCACGCAUCAGAAAGUCGCUCUCUGACUCCUCUCCAACUUCAUCUACCACCAAGAGCCUGAGGCACGAGAGACUGUCGAGAUUGAGCUCGUCUGAUGUCUCCAACGACACGUCAACAAACCACGCUGAGUCCUACUUCUUACGGCGGGAGAACAGACUGUCUGCAAGGAAAAAGGCAGAAGAAGAGACAGCGAACAAUGACUAUAAAAAGAUGUAUGAAAAGGCAGUGGCUACCAAUCAAAGACUCAAGUCCAGGCUGGAAACAAGUAAACAGGAACUGGCCAUGAUUCAGGACCAGCUGCAGAGAGCACAGGUAAUGUAA